GUGGAGGCGAAGCUCGCGGCAAGGAGAAAUUCUAACCGAAUUCAAGAAGAUUGCAAGCACUGAAACAGAAGGAAGAAGAACGCGGCGACACAUCAAAACCGAUCCAUUCGUAGCCGACGCCGAUCCGUCCUCCCGUCGUCAUUGCCGGUACCUAAGUGGCUUUGAGUUCAUUUUGAACUUUGCUUUGCUAGCUUGUGGUUGCUUACCACUGAGGCAGGAUAGCUGAUCAACGACCUCACCGGUAUUCUACGAGACUCAAUCAGCGAAGAAGCAUGGAUCAGGUUCAGGCUGAGAUGGCUGAGAUGAGGGCGAACAUGGCCCAAUUUUUGACGAUGAUGCAAGGGGUUGCUCAGGGUCAGGAGGAGCUCCGUGCUUUGGUUCAGAGACAGGAAACGGUUAUUCAGGCGUCUAACCACGGUUCACCUAUUGCUCCACCUGGUUUCGAAAAUGCCAACGUUGCUGCUGCUCCUGUUUAUGGUUAUGCCACGGGAGAAGAACUCAGGGGUAUAAGGGUUGAUGGUCAGCCUCUUGCUGCAGAGGUUAAUGCCAGAGCUACCAGGGCUCCGGCGCGUCAUCCAGCUCCUUUUGUUGAUAGACAAGAGGACAUGUUCACAAUGAUGGGAGAAGACGAUGGUGAUGUUGCUAGAAAUGAAGAUAGGGAUCGUAAAGUCGAUGCCCUGGCUGAAAAAAUUAGGGCGAUGGAAUGCCAGAAUUCUCUUGGGUUCGAUGUCACGAACAUGGGGUUGGUCGAAGGUCUGAGGAUUCCCCACAAAUUCAAAGCGCCCACCUUUGACAAGUACAACGGUACUUCUUGCCCUCGCACCCACGUGCAGGCUUACUAUCGGAAGAUCUCGGCAUAUACAGAUGACGAGAAAAUGUGGAUGUACUUCUUUCAAGAUAGCCUAUCUGGGGCAUCUUUAGAUUGGUACAUGGAACUCAAACGAGACUCUAUCCGAUGCUGGAGAGAUCUGGGAGAAGCUUUUCUCAGACAAUAUAAACACAAUAUGGAUAUGGCACCGAGCAGGACUCAGCUGCAGAGUCUGUGCCAGAAAAGUAAUGAGAGCUUCAAAGAAUACGCCCAGAGGUGGCGUGAGCUUGCUGCCAGGGUCCAACCCCCUAUGCUGGAGAGGGAGUUGACUGAUAUGUUCAUUGGCACACUGCAGGGAGUGUUCAUGGACCGAAUGGGGAGUUGCCCAUUCGGAAGCUUCUCUGAUGUGGUAAUCUGCGGUGAGAGAACCGAGAGUUUGAUCAAAGCUGGAAGGAUCAACGAUGCGGGUUCCUCUUCAUCAAAGAAACCUUUCUCUGGGGCACCUCGCCGUAGAGAAGGUGAAACCAGUGCUGUUCAGCAUCGCCGGGGGCCGAACAGAAAUCAGCAUCAAUAUAGACAGGUUGCUGCAGUGACCAUCCCUGCACCGCAACAACGUCCACCUCCUCAACAACCAAGACAACAACAACAACAGCAACAACGUCCUUAUCAGCCGAGGCAGAGGCUGCAACCGGAUAGAAGGUUUGACCCGUUACCUAUGUCAUAUGCUGAGCUUCUGCCCGAAUUGCUCAGAUUGGGUUUUGUGGAACUAAGAACCAUGGCUCCACCAACCGUUUUGCCACCUGGGUACGAUGCAAAUGUCCGGUGCGAUUUCCAUUCUGGGGCACCAGGACAUCAUAUAGAGAAAUGUCGGGCUUUCCAGCACAAAGUCCAAGAUUUGAUCGAUUCUAAGACGAUCAAUUUCUCCCCUGUGCCGAAUGUUGUGAACAACCCUAUGCCUGCGCAUGGUGCUCAUAGGGUAAAUUAUAUUGAAGGGGAUGAAUCUGAAGAUAUGGUGAUCAGUGUGGAUGAGAUUCAGACUUCUCUAUUGGUUAUUAAAGACCGUCUACUGAAUAGCGGUGUUCAUCCGGGCUGUGAUGGAGAUUGCCUGGGCUGUGCAGAGGCUGAGAACGGUUGUGAACUACUGCGGGCUGGUAUCCAGGGUUUGAUGGAUCAGGGCCAUGUUCAAUUUGGUAGGGCUGAUAACAGAGGUCAUGGGGCAGUGUCUACUGUCACUAUCUUCUUCAAGCCAGCUGAAAGGCGUGCGCCUACAACCAGUGGUAAUCCAGUUACCAUCUCCACACCAGUUUCCACCAAUAUUCCGACAACAAUCGUCGCUCCGGUUAGAAGGGCCGAGAAUAAUAAUGCUGUGCCUUGGAGGUAUGACAAUGCCUACCGAAGCAACAGGAGGGCUGAGAACAGGGUCAAGCCUUCAAAUCAAGCGCCCGUGACGAUUUUUGCACCUGCUAGUAAAGCUCCGGUCGUUGUGGGUCCUGCUGUGGACAAUGUGGGUGGACCCGGAGGCUUUACCCGUAGUGGUCGGCUGUUUGCGCCUCAACAGUUGAGGGAUGCCAAUGCUGAGGCAUCUGCUAAAGCUAAGGGCAAACAGGCCGUUGUUGAUGAAGUUCCUGCUCAAACAAAUGUGCCUGGUGGCUCGUUUGAGAAGGACGUGGAGGAAUUCAUGAGGAUAAUAAAGAAGAGUGACUACAAGAUUGUAGAUCAGCUCAAUCAAACUCCCUCUAAAAUCUCUAUCCUUUCUCUGCUGUUGUGCUCUGAGGCACAUAGAGACGCCUUGCUGAAGAUGUUAAACAUGGCGUAUGUACCUCAGGAGAUUUCGGUCAAUCAACUGGAAGGUGUAAUUGCUAAUGUGACUACCCGACACGGUGUAGGGUUCACAGAUCUUGAUUUGACACCUGAGGGGCGGAAUCACAACAAGGCCUUGCACAUCACCAUGGAGUGUAAGGGGGCUGUGCUGUCACAUGUCUUGGUGGACACCGGGUCUUCGUUGAACGUGCUGCCUAAGCAAAUAUUGAAGAAGAUACCGAUUGAAGGGGUUGUGCUGACGCCGAGUGACCUGGUUGUGCGUGCAUUCGAUGGAUCCAAGCGUUCUGUCUUUGGUGAAAUCACUUUGCCUAUAAGGAUAGGUCCGGAGGAGUUUGACAUUGUCUUCUAUGUCAUGGACAUCCAGCCUGCUUACAGUUGUCUUCUGGGACGUCCAUGGAUCCAUGCAGCAGGAGCAGUCUCAUCGACUCUCCACCAGAAGCUCAAAUAUGUCUGGAACGGUCAGAUUGUGACCGUGUGCGGUGAAGAGGAUAUCUUGGUGAGUCAUCUGUCCUCGUUUAAAUAUGUCGAGGUGGACGGCGAGAUCCACGAGACUUUGUGCCAGGCGUUCGAGACCGUGGCUCUGGAGAAGGUAGCCUACGCUGAGCAGAGGAAACCAGGUGCUUCGAUCACUUCUUACAAGCAAGCUAAGGAGGUGGUUAACUCUGGUAGAGCUGAGGGCUGGGGCAAGAUGGUGGACUUGCCUGUCAAAGAAGAUAAGUUUGGCAUCGGUUAUGAGCCUCUCCGAGCAGAGCAGGGGGCAGCAGGUCCAAGUACCUUCACCAGCGCUGGGCUGAUGAAUCAUGGUGAUGUCUUUGCUACUGAGGGUGAAGAUGUCGACAGCGACUGUGAUCUCGACUGCUGGGUCCGCCCAAGUGCGCCAGGGGAAGUGAUCAACAACUGGACUGCCGAGGAUAUAGUCCAAGUUACUCUCCAGACAGAAAAUGAUAUUAUGGCAUCCACUAUGAACAAAUCUGUUAUGGCUCAAUGUGAUUUCGACAAUCCCAUCUACCAAGCUGAAGAGGAGAGUGAUGAAGACCGUGAACUCCCGAAAGAAUUGGCUAGAUUGUUGAAGCAGGAGGAAAGGGUCAUCCAACCUCAUCAGGAGGAAUUGGAGAUUGUGAAUCUUGGUACUGAGGACGCCAGAAGAGAGAUCAAAAUUGGGGCUGCUUUGAAACCUGAGGUCAAGAGCAGGUUGAUUGAGAUGCUGAGAGAGUAUAUGGAGAUAUUCGCCUGGUCUUAUCAAGAUAUGCCUGGGCUGAAUACUGAUAUUGUGGUUCACAGACUACCUCUCAGAGAUGAUUGUCCUUCAGUCAAACAGAAGCUUCGUAGAACGAGUCCUGAUAUGGCAGUGAAAAUCAAGGAAGAGGUUCAGAAGCAGUUCGAUGCCGGGUUCUUGUCAGUAACAACUUACCCGCCGUGGGUAGCCAACAUCGUUCCGGUGCCGAAGAAGGAUGGCAAAGUCAGGAUGUGUGUCGAUUACCGGGAUUUGAAUAGGGCGAGUCCGAAAGAUGAUUUCCCAUUACCUCACAUCGAUGUAUUGGUGGAUAACACGGCUCAAUCCUCGGUAUUCUCUUUCAUGGAUGGUUUCUCGGGCUAUAAUCAGAUCAAGAUGGCGCCAGAGGAUAUGGAAAAGACGACAUUCAUUACACCUUGGGGCACGUUCUGCUAUAAGGUGAUGCCAUUUGGGCUGAAGAAUGCCGGUGCUACCUAUCAGAGGGCCAUGACGACUCUCUUUCAUGACAUGAUGCACAAAGAGAUUGAAGUGUACGUGGAUGAUAUGAUUGCGAAGUCGCAGACAGAAGAGGAGCACCUGGUAAAUUUGCAGAAGUUGUUUGACAGGUUGGUCAAGUUCAAACUGAGGCUGAAUCCAAACAAGUGUACGUUUGGUGUGAGAUCAGGGAAGCUGUUAGGCUUCAUUGUCAGUGAGAAAGGGAUUGAGGUUGAUCCAGCAAAAGUCAAAGCUAUUCAGGAGAUGCCUGAACCGAGAACAGAGAAGCAGGUUCGUGGAUUUUUAGGAAGACUGAACUACAUUGCAAGGUUCGUAUCUCACCUAACUGCCACGUGUGAACCGAUAUUCAAAUUGCUUAGAAAGAAUCAGGCAAUCAAGUGGAAUGAUGAUUGUCAGAAAGCUUUUGACAAGAUAAAAGAGUAUCUACAGAAACCUCCAAUCCUGAUCCCUCCAGUUCCAGGGAGACCGCUGAUAAUGUACCUGUCAGUUACCGAGAAUUCAAUGGGGUGUGUAUUGGGACAGCAUGACGAGUCUGGUCGAAAAGAGCAUGCCAUAUACUACCUUAGCAAAAAGUUUACCGACUGUGAAACAAGAUAUUCACUGCUCGAGAAAACUUGCUGUGCUUUGGCCUGGGCUGCUCGCCGACUGAGGCAGUAUAUGUUGAACCAUACUACCUUGUUGAUUUCUAAGAUGGAUCCAGUCAAAUACAUCUUUGAGAAGCCGGCUCUCACCGGACGUGUCGCCCGUUGGCAGAUGAUCUUAACUGAGUAUGAUAUCCAGUACACGUCUCAAAAGGCUAUCAAAGGUAGUGUUUUGUCAGACUAUCUCGCCGAACAACCGAUCGACGACUAUCAGCCUAUGAUAUUUGAAUUCCCUGAUGAAGACAUCAUGUAUCUAAAGAUGAAAGAUUGUGACGAGCCUCUUGUCGAGGAAGGACCGGAUCCUGAUGACAAGUGGACCUUGAUGUUUGAUGGGGCUGUAAAUGUGAAUGGUAAUGGUGUUGGUGCGGUGCUGAUCAAUCCUAAAGGUGCUCAUAUACCUUUUUCUGCCAGAUUGACGUUUGAUGUCACCAACAACGAAGCUGAGUAUGAGGCUUGUAUCAUGGGGAUAGAAGAAGCCAUUGAUCUGAGGAUCAAAACACUUGACAUAUUUGGAGAUUCAGCUCUAGUGAUCAAUCAGGUCAAUGGAGAUUGGAAUACGAACCAGCCGCAUCUGAUUCCGUAUAGAGAUUAUACCAGAAGAAUACUGACGUUCUUCAAGAAGGUGAAAUUGUACCAUGUCCCCCGGGACGAGAAUCAGAUGGCUGAUGCUUUGGCUACUUUAUCGUCCAUGAUAAAAGUUCAUUGGUGGAAUCAUGUGCCACAUAUUGAGGUGAGUCGACUCGAGAGGCCUGCGUAUGUGUUUGCAGCCGAGUCUGUUAAUGCUAUUGAUGAUAAGCCAUGGUAUUAUGACAUCAAGAACUUCCUCAAGACUCAGGAGUAUCCUGAAGGUGCAUCAAAGAAUGAUAAGAAAACCCUGAGAAGGCUAGCUGGAAGCUUUUAUCUGAAUCAGGAUGACGUGUUGUACAAGAGGAACUUUGACAUGGUCUUGCUCAGAUGCGUGGAUAGACACGAAGCAGACAUGUUGACGCAAGAAGUGCACGAGGGUUCGUUUGGUACCCAUGCUGGUGGUCAUGCAAUGUCAAAGAAAUUAUUGAGAGCCGGCUAUUACUGGAUGACUAUGGAAUCCGAUUGCUUCAAGUACGCUCGGAAAUGCCAUAAGUGCCAGAUAUAUGCUGAUAAGGUGCAUGUACCACCAAGCCUGUUGAAUGUCAUGAACUCGCCUUGGCCGUUUGCCAUGUGGGGCAUUGACAUGAUUGGGAAGAUUGAGCCUACUGCUUCGAAUGGACAUCGCUUCAUUUUGGUUGCGAUUGAUUACUUCACCAAAUGGGUGGAAGCAGCUUCCUACGCUAAUGUUACCAAACAAGUGGUUGCCCGGUUCAUCAAGAAGGAAAUCAUCUGUCGUUAUGGAGUCCCUGAGAUUAUCAUCACUGACAAUGGUUCAAAUCUCAAUAACAAGAUGAUGAAAGACCUGUGCAGAGAUUUCAAGAUUGAACAUCACAACUCUUCUCCUUACAGACCAAAGAUGAAUGGUGCUGUAGAGGCGGCAAACAAGAAUAUCAAGAAGAUUGUGCAAAAGAUGGUUGUAACGUACAAGGAUUGGCAUGAGAUGUUGCCUUUCGCUUUGCAUGGGUACCGUACCUCAGUGCGUACGUCGACCGGGGCAACCCCUACUCCCUUGUGUAUGGUAUGGAAGCAGUCCUGCCUGUUGAAGUGGAGAUCCCUUCUCUGAGGGUAUUAUUGGAUGUCAAGCUGGACGAAGCCGAGUGGAUUCGUACAAGGUUUAAUGAGUUAAGCCUUAUCGAAGAGAGACGGCUAGCAGCUGUGUGCCAUGGGCAGUUGUAUCAGAGAAGGAUGAAGCGGGCCUUUGAUCAGAAAGUGCGUCCUCGGACAGUUCAAACUGGUGAUCUAGUUUUGAAGAGGAUCCUUCCUCCCGGUACAGAUAACAGGGGCAAGUGGACUCCUAAUUAUGAAGGUCCAUAUGUUGUGAAGAAGGUUUUCUCCGGUGGAGCCUUGAUGCUUACAACAAUGGAUGGUGAAGAUUUUCCGUCCCCUGUUAACUCAGAUGUAGUCAAAAAAUACUUCGCGUAAAUUGACCCGCUGGACAAAAAGAACAAAAGAGUCCAGGCAAAAAAGGGCAUCCCGGCGAACCAAAAACAGAAAGAAAAGGUUCGGGCAAAAAUUAGGGAUAUAAAUGAAAAGAAUUUGUACACCCGGUAAGUCGAAAACCCGCAAUGGGCGGCUUAGGCAAAAAUGGGUAUCCCGGUGGAUUGAAAACCCGAAAGGGCGGUCCAGCCAAAAGAGGGAUUAAAGCGAAGACUACAGUCUGAGUUAUCUGUAUUUCAUUGCGCUUCGUCAGCUGCCAUCUUGAAAGAUGUGAUCGGUCCAGUCAUUCUUCUCAGAAAGCAAGGAGUUGGGAGGAAAACUGAUGAUCUGUGGGUUAUAACAGAAUUGGGAAAUAGUGGAUGCCGUAUUCACAUUGCCAUUAGGAUAGUUUAUUUUCCUUUUGUGUGCAAUUACCUCUUUCUAGGAAUUGCUUCCCAAUGUAUUCGCCUUUUCAGGCACAUUUUCAAUCAAUAAAAGUUGUUAUUCAGAUAAAUAGCUCUCUUGUUUUUAUUUUUACUGUUUUGUUUGCAAAAACGUCCGAAUUUUUGAUAAACAUUGCAUAUAAUAAAACAUGGAGGCUUAACAAUAACUUGCAGAAGGAUAAAACAGUUGAAAAUCAUUUUGAAUGUUGAGGACACUUGAGCAUAUCUUGUCCAUGUACCCCUGGGGCAUUGUGUUGUGCUGUUUUACAGGUCGUCUUCUGUGAUCAUCUCCCCAGCAGGUUUUUCUCCGAGCAAGUUUGAGAUCUGUAAGAGCUGUGUUCCCUUGCUGAGGUGCCUGUGGAUAGUAUCUUCUUUCCCCAGCAGACCUAAGGAUUGUCUACCUCCAGCAGGCUUGUGUUGGCAGGUUCCCCAGCUAAGAUCCCCGCUGAGUGCCUGGCGGACGUUUCCCCAGGAAUUCCCCCGGCGGAGUUUGUCAUGAGAAUGUUGUUCCCCAGCAGUUGGGUUUGUGAUACGUUAUCCCCAGCACGGUCGUGAGUGCUUCUCCCCAGCAGGGUUGUGAAGGUCUAUCUCCAGUAUGAUAUGAUGUGCUAUCAUCCCCACCAGAGUUGUUCUCCUCAGCAGAGUGGUGUGGGUUUGUUCUUCAGCAAGUUCCCCGAGUGGAGCGGGUUUCACGAAAUAUUCUCCAGCAGAGUUCAUCCUACUUGUGGAUUGGACGGGUUCCCGUGGCAGAUCAGUAUUGGCAUCCCCAGCGGAGUUUAGUCUACCUGUGGAUUGGGUGGGUCGUCCCCAGUGGAGUAGUGGUUAUUCCCCGAAGCAGAGCUGUUCUACCUAAGGUUUGGUGGAAUCUUCCCCAGUGAAGUCGCUUUAUCAAUCUCUGGUAAAGAUGUCUUGUUAUUCCCUGGCGAGUACCAUCCCCGAAGAGUUGCUUGGUCUACUUCCCCAGCGGAGUAUUGUUUAUUUGCUUCCCAAGUGGAGUCCCCGAGUGGAUUGGAUCCUGUGAAGGACAUCCCCAGCGAAGUCUAUCUUAUUCCCGGCAACAGUUUUGUUUCUCCAGCAUGAGUGAGAAGUCGGUGCUUUCUCCGCAAAGCAUUCCCAGAUGAAGGCUCUCCCUGCAGAGUAUUCCUCAGUCAGAGUCUCCCCGCCAAGUUGGAGUACCUGAUCUUUUGGCUCCGUAGCCAGGGUGCAUUUGCAUUUUGCAUGUAGUAACCAUUGCAUCCUCAAAAAGCGUAGCAUUUCCAUUCAAGGUGGAGCAUUACGCCAUAGAAAAAUUCAAACAUAUGCAUUCAUGUGUUCGAAACCAAUCAGACAGUAUCCCCGGCAGAGGCGGAUGUUUGUUCAACCUGUACAGCACAUUUGCUACAGUUGCUCCUGAUGGCGUUCAGGGUUAACCCCCACCGAGGUUUAUUUCCUCAUCCGUUGGUGAAAGGAAAAAUUGUUUCUCCCCAGUGAGACCCCCCCUGCAAGUGUCAAGCCUUGCCCUGUCAUCUUGUAGAUGUCAGUAUCUCGUCAGCACCCGCGAGGGUUGUUUCUUUGGUGUCGGUAAACACCAUCUUUCGGUGAUUUCCAGUCAUGCGUAAGUGUCUGGUCUUCUUUGGUGUCGGUAAACACCAUCUUUCGGUGAUUUCCAGUCAUGCGUAAGUGUCUGGUCUUCUUUUGAUGUCUGUAAACAUCAUCUUUCGAUGUUCGUAACGUCGUCCCCCUUCCCUAAUGAAGUUUACUCCUCUCCGUUGGUGUCGAUAAACGUCGAGUUUUUCCUAUGCGUCCGAUGAUGUAUAGUUGAUAUCUUUCCCCACAGGGUCGUCCCCAGAAAAUUACUCCUCUCCGUUGGUGUCGAUAAACGUCGAGUUUUUCCUAUGUGUCCUAUGACGUAUAGUUGCUUAUUCCCCGCAGAUCAUUUGGUAGUACCAGAUGAUUCCCCUCAGAAUAUCCUCCUCUCCGUUGGUGUCGAUAAACGUCGAGUUUUUCCUAUUCGUCCUAUGACGUCUAGUUGUACCCUUCCCCAAGUGGAUUUACCUCUCCGUUGGUUUCGAUAAACGUCGAGUUUUUCUCAUUCGUCCAUGAACGUCUGAUUGUAUACCCUAUUCCCAGUUCAUUCAUUAAUGUCUGGUUGAUUUCCCAGCCAGAAUCCCCAGUAGAUGUCCUAUUUGGUGUCCGGUUGAGUCUCCCUUUCGUCCUAUGACGUCUGGUUGAGUUUUCUCCUUCUCCGUUGGUGUCGAUAAACGUUGAGUCUCCCUUUCGUCCUAUGACGUCUGGUUGAGUUUUCUCCUUCUCCGUUGGUGUCGAUAAACGUCGAGCUUCUCCCUUUCGUCCUAUGACGUCUGGUCGAGUCUUCCCAUUCAUCCUAUGAUGUUUGGUCUCCUUCUCCGUUGGUGUCGAUAAACGUCGAGCUUCUCCCUUUCGUCCUAUGACGUCUGGUCGAGUCUUCCCAUUCAUCCUAUGAUGGUUGGUUACCUCUCCGUUGGUCUUGGUAAACGUCGAGUUUUUCUUGGUCGUCCCAGCUGAUUCACCUCUCCGUUGGUUUUGGUAAACGUCGAGUUUUUCCCAUUACGUCCGCUGACGUAUGGUUGUAUCCUUUCCUGGUUAUCCCCAGUAGAGUUUACCUCUCCGUUGGUCUUGGUAAACGCUGAGUUUUUCCCUAUUCGUCCUAUGACGUCUAGUUGUACCUAUCCCCAUGUGGAUUUACCUCUCCGUUGGUCUUGGUAAACGUUGAGUGUUUCCUAGUUGUCCGUUGACAUCUAGCUGAAGAUUUCUGAUCUCAUUCAUCGUGUGUCGAUGUCUGGAUGUGGUUGUGCUUUGAAAAGAAGAAAAACAACAAGAAAAAAGACAAAUCCCAGCAGGGUGCAAAUUUCUACGGUUCUUGGUAUUCAAUCCCUGUUUACCCUGAAAGUCUGACAGCCGUUGCUCUCAUCCGUUCGGGUUCCCAGUUGAUUGAAUAGGGGCAGCUGUAGCACCUCAAAUUUGCACCUCCCAUUUGUACAUUCAUUUCAUUUUUUUAGGUCGUUAACAUCACAUUAACAUUGCCUUAGCAUUGCAUAGCAUAUUGCAUUUUAUCAUGCGAGACUGAUCAGAAGAAGUCAUCUGUGCAAGAGAGCAAGGGAUUUUCACGUUGGAAAAGGUCCUAUGGUCGUUCUAGAAAGCUCAUGUGAAUUAAGGCUCAUGUUGUAGCAAGUUGGCCAAAGUUGGGGGUUCAGGAGUCCACAAUGCAUAACCAAGUCGGCUGAGGCCCAUAAAAGUCAACUGUCUGACCAAAUGUCCAUAUACAACCCGUAUCCAUUUUUAAACCAAAUCCAAUUAAUCCAUAACCAAUUGUCCAUAAACCAGUUUUGUUAUCCAAUUAAAUCCAAUUUAACAGUUUAACAAUGAUCCAGUUCCAAACUAACUACCAUCUAAUUUUAAGCCCAUUAUCCAAUUUCAUAUCCAUUUUAACCCUUCCAUUUAUCCAAUUCAAUUUUAAUGAGUACAAUGUUACAUGUCCAAUAAGACAAAAUGAAAAUGGAAAAAAAUAAAACAAUGGAAUUGGCAAAUGAAGCUGCUAACGGAAGAGCACGAACGGAAGCGCUUUGUUAUACUAGUUGCCAACACCGAGCCAGCUGCGGCAA